AUGAGGAAAACCAAUGAACGGUGUGCGUGGCGUCUUGGGGAGGAGGCGGGCAUAGCCAUGUGUGACCCCUCCAACGAGGAGCCUUGCAGUGCUAAAAAAGACGAUAAUGGAAGUGAGGAGAGAUUCGCACCUGCCCCAGCACCUGUGGAAGAUUAUCGACAGAAGCUUGGUGAUCCUGGAGCGGUUGGAUUUAUUGCCUACGGCAUCACCACUGUCUUGUUCAACCUGAGCAACGCUGGCCUAUUUCCAAUGAACACAACAACAGCAGGAAUAGUGAUUGCGUACGGUGGCUUUGCACAAGUGCUUGCGGGAAUAAUGGAGUUUGUUCGUGGCAACACAUUUCCAUGCACAAUUGCCACAACAUUCGGUUCCUUUUGGAUUGCGACGGCGCUGGUGUGGAUUUUGCCGCAUAAGAGCAACAAUACUCCUGAUGAGUACCUGCAAGAGGCAGACGAGGCGUUUAUGGGUGUCUUUUUCCUGUUGUGGGCAGUGUUUACUUCUGUUGCAUUGGCUUCCUCUUUGGUGCAGCCGCGUGCAAUUUUUUUUGUUUUUGUAAUGACCCUCCUCUUUUUUGUUCUUCAAGCCGUUGCAUUUUUUUCGAAGAAUGCCCUUAUGAAGCGGAUUGCCGGCUUUGAGGGUAUAUGCUGCGGCCUUUCCGCCCUGUACUGCGGUCUGGCGAUGAUGUUAAAUGAUGCCCAUGGAAAGACACUACUGCCAUUGUUCCCUCCCCACCGUAAGCUCAAUCAUUUGUAG